ACCUAUGUAUGUUUCAAAGUUUGACUAUAGUUGUAGGAUCCGAAGUAAGUAUAGGAGAAGUAGGAAAGCCGUCGACUGAACGAAAGACUAACAGUCCUCGUCCCACUACUAAAGUUCACUGUGUCAGCGAAACCGUGUAAAAUGACACUGGCUUAGUGAUGAGAUACGAAGCAGGCAAAAUGAAAUUUAUAAAUGACAGUGUGUCUAAUGUCUGAGCGAUGGAAUACGGGGACGUGAUCGAUCAGCUGAUUACACACGUAUUAACGUGUCAGUGCAGUAACAUUAAUAUAAGUGCAAAACGUAAAGUGACUGCAGUGUGAUGACAAGCAAGUCCUUGCAAUAGACAUAUAUAAUAACAAUAAAUUAUAAUUAAUAAAUUUAUAAAUAAAUAGAAACGGGUAUGCAAUAACACAAUUGGAUAAUUGUCUUGAGGUAAAUAACGAGACAUAAGUACUUGUAAUUGUAGAAUUGUUUGGACAUCGCGUUGACGUCGACGUGGAUGCUCGCGUCGCCGGUGGUUGCCGUACAAGAUCGUCGUCGUCGCCGGGGGGCUGGGGGCGGCGGGGGAUUCGGAGUUUAGUAUUGCGCGAGCCGCGGCCGAGAGCGGUCCUCGAGCUCUUCUCUACGAUUCUACACAUCACUACGUUUAGUUUGUUACAUAGUAAAUACACUUACUCGCGUGUUAAACUUUUACUACAAAUACUACCACUAAUACUGAUACUCGUUUCAAUAGAUGCCGGCAAAACGUGCGCGCGAUAAUAAUAUUUACCGUUCCCACAAGUGUUUAGAUAUAAGGAAGCUCUAGGACUGAGAGAAAAGAAAAGAGAAAAAAAAAACGUGUUCGACUAAAAACAAAUAUACAUAUAUAUGAAGUCAUAGAAAGUAAAUAAUAAUAAUAAAUAAAAGUGUGUGAAGGCUGUAAGUGAACAAGAGCCAAGAAAAAUGACCGCAAGAGAAGUCACCCUCGUCGGCGGGUCUCCUUGGGGUUUUCGAAUGCACGGCGGCCGUGACCUGCAUCAACCUCUUCGAGUAUCCAGAGUAAAUCCGGGUUCGAAAGCUGCUCAACAAGGAGUCCGAGAAGGAGACCUCAUUAGCAGCAUCAACGGAAGAAACACCUCCGAGCUAACUAACGGGGAAGCUCACACGCUUCUGCGGAAUGUCGGAGACCAGCUGAAUCUAGGACUCAACCAGGAGCAAGUGGAAUCGCCAAAAAGACGAAUAUACAGAAGCAGUCUACAGGAAAACACAUCGAUCGAAACAUUACAAAAAACAACAAAAACAACGACUACGACAACAAAAACAUCCGGAAUUCGUAUCGUAACGUCCGAGACAAAGCGAAACGGAACUGAUGACACGAAAAACGAUCGAGACUUCAGCAAUCAAAACGGCGCACUAAAAACUAACGACUUGACAAACUGCGAAAAAAGUCAAGACACCUCCAAGAAGUGUUUACAGCUUAGCGUAAAUCCCGGUGACAGCAUCAUCAGCAACCAACUGCUGGCAAGAAUGCCACAUGGAUCGCGAGCACGAAAAACUAGACGUAACCGUAACAAGAGGCUAAAACACGGCCCCCAAGAUGCCACCAGGUCGGAGCAGACUUUACACCGUCGGGAGGACGUAAAUAAUGACGUGGAUAAUGCAGACAAGGACGAAGAUGAAGACGAUAAGUCUGACGGACUAGCGGGUUCUGGUAGUUCUCAAGUACAAGAUGUUGGUUCAAAGACUAGGGAAGAGGAAUCGAUAGUUGAAGGCACGAAAUCAAGUAUCCAUAGAGAGGAUAUUGAAAGCAGUUUAGAGGAUGAGGCGGAAAAGGAGAAAGAGGCGAAGGUUAACGGGCACGCGGUCAAGGUGACGAGUGAGGUCGAGUCGCCGUCAAGCACCAACGUAAUCCGGUCGAUAGCAUCAGCGAAUAAACCACCAGUAGGCCAACAGCAACAACAACAGCAGCGGGUACCAGUCAGGCGCAGGCACCGGUUGGAACGGCGAGCACUCGACACUCCAAUGAAAAUUUACGAAAUCACUAGUAUAAGUGGACCUCUUGCGGCGUCUAUUGGUCAUAUAGCUGGCGUUGGAAUUGUAGAAUCCGCGAGUGGAUUGAUAGACAGUGAUGACAGUGGUAGUUGUGGUCAUCAAAAGACAUCAGUAAGACAGCAAGAUCCAAUAGUGACAAUUAGUGAGCCUCUGGAGCCACUCGAGCCGUUGCCCAGCGACAUGACUCGAAGGGUCGAGACCCUCGGCGAGCGUGAGUUUGCUCAGACACUUAUGCCAGUCUUGCCUAGCAAUGCUAACAGGGAUGGCCUGGAGAUUUGUGAACUAGACUGCGAUGACAUCACUAGUGACAUAAUGGAGGAACUUUCAUCCAGGCCCGGCAAUGUUGUUAUUGUCGAAGCAGACUCGGAUGUCGAGACUAAAGAGCCUACAGCAAUGAGGAUUAAGGACGUCAUUGUUGAAGAGUCCUCUUUCGAUGAGACUGACUCAGAAGCUAGAGAAAUUACUCGUGAAAAUUAUUUUAAAGGAGCUGAAGCUAAAGUUAAAAUUGAGAAUGAAGAUGAAGAAGUAGAAAAAGUAUAUUGCAGAGAGGAGAAUGUUGGUGAAGAAAAAAUAAUUGUUGGAGAAGAAUCGAUGGAUCAGGUGGAGCCAGAUAAUUGUGAAAAGAUUCUGGGUCAACGACGAAUAAGAGAUGAGACGGAUGGAGAUGAUGGUAGUGGCAGAUUUGAGUCAAAGGAAACAAUCGAGUGUAAAGAGUCUGCUGACAGGAUGAAAUGUUCAAUGGGAACCGAGUGUCAAGAGUCGGAUGGGUUUAACAAUGAUUUAAAACUGAGGGAAUCGAGUGAAAUUCAUGAACCGAGAACGGCUACGCUAACACCGUUAACACAAGAGCUUCAGAAUAAACUUGGUGUCUUUAUUGAAGGACUUGAAUUACCGUAUUUUCACGAUGACGACAACCUGUUGGAUAAUUCAAUAAGUCUAUUUGAUAAUCGUAAAUCCAGUCAACUGCUUACUUUUCCAAUUCAGAUUAACACUAUUAACAAAACAUGUAAUGAUAAUAAUAACAGUAACAGACGUGAAAAAAUGAAAAAACGCUCAAUUUUAGAAUCUUAUUUUGCUGAAGCACGUCAUGCAGAUCGUUUCUUAGAUAUUAUUCAAGAAGAAGCUGAUAAGCUGUCGGAAGAUGAGGAGCAACACAUUCGUGAUUUUAUCAAUGAAGAAAUUGGAAAAUUCCGACGUGAAAGACGAUACACUCAUGACAGCGAACAAGAAGAAGAAGAAGAAGAAGAAGAAAAAACUGAAGAAAACGAACAAAACGAUGACAACGACUGGGAAUGCGAAGACGAUAAAUACUUGUCUGUUGAAAUUCAAGAUUUAAAAGUGUCACCUGAUAUACAAACUAAUAUAUCGUUUAAUGAGAAACCAGCUGAAAAAAUAAUAAGUUUUAAAUCCGGCUGUAGUUCACCGGAUGAAAUAAAUAAAUUAAUUUCAAACAAUGAGAAAUCUUAUUCACCCGAGAACUUGCACCACUCUAACGAUAAUAAUAAUAAUAAUAAUAAUAAUAAUAAUAAUAAAAGAAAUAAAGUAGAGGAUUUAACAAGUACGGCAAGACAGCCAGUGCCGCCUGAGCCACCUAAAAGGUCUUCGAGUUUCAUUAGCAGAGACAUUGAACCCGUACGACCACCCACGCCACCGUUCCCUCCUCAAAUGGACUAUCCUCUCGCUAUUUCCGAGUCAUCAGCCCGAGUUAAUCAAUUUUCCCCUGGCAUAGACGACACCUGUGAUAAACCCGCGCGACCACCGCUCCCACUGCUCAUCACAAGUAAUUCAUCGGAUUGGAAUUCACCUUUUUCAAUUUAUGAGAUUUCACAAACUAUAGAACAGCAAGAAAGCCAAGGAAACGGUAAUAGAGGAGGGAAAGAAAAAGGAGGACAGGGGGGAGUGUCAUCGAAAGAGAACACAUCGGCAUUAUUGCGUAAUGAAGCUUACGACGGCGUCGAAAUUGGCAAUGACGCUAACAACAUCGAGGCGUCUUGGUCGUGCCCUGAAAUAGCUUAUGAUCACAGCAACUCUGACUUAAGUGCCACGAUGUCGGCGUCGCAUCCUAAAAUCUCAAGCUCAGAUCUUUCAGACGGGCGCUUGUCGUUGGGAAUAAGUGCGUGCGAAUCACAACGUGUCCUAUCGCCAUCACCACAACAACAGUUUACUAGUGCUGUCGUUACAACGACUACUGCUACUACUACUACUACUGCUUCUGAGACUGAUACAACAAGAGCUUUUGUUGAAUAUCGACGUAAGCCAGAGAGACACGAAGGGGUCGAAAGUUCGCGACCCUUCGGUAACCAAGUGUCUUGUGAAAAGAAUAAAAACCUUGUCGAGGUUGAGGUAGACAAGGAAGAGGAAGAGGAAGUAAAAGAAAAAGAGGAGAAGUCGGUGGUGGAUGAAAAGAAUCUACUUGAGACGCUAAAACUUAAAGGUGAAAACCCAUUCGAAAAAAAACGCUGUUCCGUUGAUAGCGUCAGUUUCAAGGUCAAGAGUGCGAUUGAAGAUCAUAACGAGCACGACUGUGAACCCAAAAAUCUUGGAGAGAGUGCGGGGAAAAGAAGGAACGAGACGGCGGAAUUUAAAGUGAAUACCGCGAGUGAGAGUGAUAAAGCUGUGAGCGAGUGGGGGAAUGACGGAGAAAGAGGAGCUGGCUAUCAGCGGAGCAAUGCGGUGCUGAGGCUAUUGAGAUAUCAAGUGGACGUCGAGAAUAACCAGAGUACGUCGGGUGAGUCAAGAGAGGCCGCUGGCGGCAUCGCUGAUGAUACGCACACAACAACUGCUACCGUGGAAUUUUUAAAGAUCGACGACGACGGCGGUGGAGGACACGAGUCUUCCAGCACAGUCUCUCCAAACACCGUCAAGUACGUUCCCCCGAACACCUGUGACACAGAUUUCGUUUUAGUGAACUCCGAAAUCGCGAAUAAUCCGUCGGUUGAUAUUUUACUCGAUAAAAAUAUUUCUAAAGCUUCGUCUACUUGUGCUUAUUCUUAUUCUCCCUCGUCUUCUUAUUUUAAUUCUCUAGAAUGUACCAACUCGCGUUCGCCAGUGAAAGAUCUAUACUAUGUUCCGCUUCAUGAGUCGUGUGAUUAUUCAAGUAAGCAAGAGAAAUAUCUCGAUAGUCCAAGUUCGCUGACGGAUAUCUGUAUUAGAAAAAUUCUGUCUAUGCCUUACGGCAUCCAAAUAAUCAACGAGAUAACUCAUCCAAAAUUCAAUAUUUCCACGGAUUCCGAAAAAACUUUCGGAGAUAUAAAAAGUAGUGAACUGGAAGAAGUGGAUUCAGCAGGAAAAGUUGUGGAAAUGAUAAAGAGACGUCCGAAAAGUUGGAUGAGUGUUCCGACGAGUGAAAAUCCGCAGCUGCUGGUUUGCCUCUCACCAUCCCAGCAGAAACUCAAUAUCAGUAGUCUACAACUACGCACAAGCGACGCGGACAAGCUUCUCGAUCUACACAAAAAGUUUUUAAAUCGCCGCAGCUAUCACGAGACUACCGGGGAUCAUCGUCGCUGUGAAUCGUUUACGAUACCCAAGUAUUAUCGGGUGCAAGUUAACUCGAGUAAAGACUUGAUCUCGAAGACUUCUGCAGCAGCCGAAGCGCCGGAAAAAGACGUGGGUUUUAAAGAAAAUAAGCUUAAAAGCAAGUGCAACGAGUGGAACCAAUCUAAUCGAGUUACUACCUCGUCAUCUAACCGACUUCUCAAGAUCAUAAAAGAAAAUCCUAUAGCUACGCUCGACGACAACGACAACGACAACGAGCACGACAACGGCCACAAACACGAGCACGACCACGACGACUAUUCGCUUCCUCCUACCAAAGACUCAGUCGCCUCAAAUCCUCAUAAAAAUGUUAGACAAGAUCGUACCAAAACUACACGGCUUUCAGACUGGUUAACUCUCGCAAGAAAUGACCCCACUGACUAUUCCAAGUACCAAAAAAUUUCCUCUUGUCAUUUUACUGGUGAACGAGUUAGUUGUCAAGAUAAUCAGCAAGUAAGUGCAUUUAGUCCAGUGAACCGUAGAGACCAGAAUAAUAAAAAUCUAAAUAAUAAUGAUAAUAAUAAUAAUAAUAAAGAUGUUGAUAACGAUGGUUGUCAUCCGCGGGUCAACAGUGCAUUGAUAAUCCGGUCAGCGGACUUUCCUAAUGAAAUAAUUAAUACUGGGCCAUUGAACAAGAGCCCAAUUACGUACAAGAGUGCGAUAAUAGACAAGUCUUCAAGUGCCGUCGAGCAUUGCAAACGGACACCGCUGUUGUGUCGUGGCAUUGAUCCAGGACAGGUUAAUCCUGCGUUGAUUAAUAACAACAAGCCGGAGACACCACCACGACCAAGUAGAAUCCAACGUACUGUUGUCGACCGGUCCUGCAUCGACACAACAAGUAUCUUUAAUCAAACGCCCCCGCGCAGCUACUUAGAGCCUCGCAGAUAUGAUCCGGAAACUGAAGCACUUAAGCCUCGUCAAGCUAUUAGCACUACUACCAGCGCCGCUACUAGCAUUGUGGGAAGGAAAAUGCGAGAGGAUGACAAAGAGAAUAAGCACCAGCAGACAGUCGAGGAGAAUCUAAAGCGAUUUAGAACGGCUAAAGACAUAAAGGACCUGGCUGAUGGCCGCAGACGGUACUCACUACCACCAGAGCUCUUUGACAGACAGUUGGAGUACAUUGAACGGCUUGAGGAUAAACUUAAAAAGGUUAUACUGACGGAGAAAACGGAGACAAAGAUGGAGGAGAAGGAGGUGAAUAGAGUCUUUAAAGAAUUUGACGAGGUGAAAACGGAAAUGGCACUCGAUGAGGAUAAAAGUUCGCACGAUAGAGCGCUAAAGGCGAGCGGGUGUUCAGAAAUGGGUGAUAAUCGUAAAGAAUCGUGGAAGAACGAGUCGAAAGUUGAUGACAAAGGUCGUACCGAGUUUAUGAAGAAUGAGGGUCAUCUCGAACAGUCGACGAGUGUUGAAGUCGGGAAGGACGGCGAGCGUAUUGAAAAGUCGAUACGGAUGUUUGAAAAUAAGGAAGAGUGCUGGAGGACUUUGAAAAAUGAAAAUGUUGCCCGACAAAAGAUUGGGAGAACUAAGUGUAUAAGGUUCUUUGAUAGAGAAGAUGAAGCUCAAGAGAAACGCCAAGAGAAAGAAGGUGUGUUGAGUCAGAAUAGAGAGAUCCAGAAAGAUACGUAUGAAGGGAAAAUGUUUGACGAUAAUAAAAUGAUAAAACGCCAAGCGAGACCCAAGUCCAUUUCAAUUUUCCCAACUACUGACGAAACCCUACGCGGAAAAAUGUACGAUGAGUACAGAGAUAAAGUGCUCGAGCGCGAGGAAAGAAAACAUCAGAAAGUUAUAAAAAUUAGCUCUCACGUCGACUUUGUAAAGCCGGAGAGUCCGAAUGAUAAAAAUAAUCUUGCCAAUAACAUGAGUAGCAUUCAGAAGGAGUUUAUCCAGAAGGCCAAAAAUAGAAUGAAUAAGUUUGGUAUCAAUUUGGACGACAGCGAGACCGAAAUUGUUCAAGAGCAGGAUACUGAGACUACUUCUACUUCUGCUUAUACUUCUGCUACUUCUACUAGAAAGACGACGAGGAGCCAAAGCCAAAUAAUAACGAGUGAGGUCAAGGAGAAAAAUAAAUGUGAGUGUCGUGGCGAUGAGAAAGCCAAGUGUCUUAUCGAUGGAAAAGAAAUCAAAGACGUUGGAAAACUACCUAAGCAUCUACAGGAAUUUCUUGUGCUCGCUGAUACUGAGGAUCAUCACCAUCAUCAUAACCAUAAUCAUCAGCGGGAUCAUGAUCAUCAGGACGGGUAUGGCAUUGCGACUGGAGAGAAAACGAAUGACGCCGAUUUGCUUCAGGAGAUCGACACGGCUUUAGGCGAGUCCAAAGGUUUUCUCCUUCGGCAAGAGAGAAUGCUUAAGCCCAAGUUUAAGGCCUCCUCUGUAAAACCAGGUGUUUGGUCACCGGGCAGCAGCAGCGAGCCGCCUUCGCAUAAGCAGCAACCGAGCAGUCCAGAUCGAGGCAAGAAUACAGAAAGAGAUGCUGGUAUACCACCAGUUUGGACUCCUUCCAGCGCAGGAGCGAGUCCUGUUGCCGAGCGCAAAGAGUUUCGUCCAGUCACCUUCGAAAGUCCUAUUCUAGGUCGCAGAAAAAAAGCUCAGACGGAGCAACUGUCGCAGUCCCAAUCGCCCUGGAAAAACGAACAUCACCACCAGGAAACGGAAAAUAAAAACAGUACGUCCAGUAACGGCACUGCCACCAAUUCAACUUCUUAUAAUAUAAGCCCGCGGAUCGUAAACUCUCACUCGGUGCCGUCCCAAGGGUUGAACACCCUCGCAACCACACCAAGACUACCGCGUGCGCAAAAUCCGACAAUUACUCUCCUGCAAAAGGCCAGAGAGGGUCAAUUGCCCAAAGGAGCUGCCUACCUCACGGAGACCGCCAGCUCCAAAAAUAACGACACCACCGGAGACAUAAUUUUUACGGUGAAAGAAUACGAAAAAAAGCCCAAAGAAGAAGAAGACCUUAAAAAAAUGGAGAAUCCGCCGCGAAAAAUAGAAGGCAUCGGACCGACAACUAGAGACGGGAUUCCCGUUGCUCUCAGAUCGGAGGUAAAAGACGAUAAUCAGGCAAAGUGGUACAAACAAAUGUACGACUCACUCCACCGUGCCGGCAAAGACGAUGACUACGUGACUAUCCGAUACAAGCCACGGCGAGGAUUUAGAUACGGGCAUGGAAGUGCCAGCGGUUAUUUGAGCGAACCCGAGCCACGUGCGUAUGCAGACAAGUCCGCGACAUUGGAUAUACGAAGACGUCAAAGAAAUAAAGAAAAUGACUCGACAAUCUCGACGAUGCCAAGAAAAAGCGCGCUGGUGAAAACGACGGCUGAAGUUUAUCGAAAUCAACCGGGACGCAUUGAGAAUUAUCAACCAGGUCAAUCUACUAUCGGUGAAAAAGAAACUAAAGAGCUGACUAUGACUAAAAAGAAAAAGUGGUGGGACGAGGUCAUGGACAUAUUUGAUAGGGCCGAGGAGAAGAAGUCCCAGCUUCGGCAUCCGAUGGCGCUGCGUACCUUCAUACCGACCCAUCAGCUGCUGGUUAAAAGUGGGCACCACAAGGGGACUGCGACGACAAUAACGUCAUCUUCAUCAUCAACCCAGUCAUUGCAUCCGAAAAGUUCGUUGCGAACAACGAGAGCGAUUCUCGAGCACACAGCUCGCGAUACCGACGAGUCGAAUUCCCAAGCGGAAGCAAUUGGGCGUGACGACUGUCAACCAUCGGUGGCGUACCGAGCGGAGCCGCCAAGCGUGAGUCUCCUUCUCGGUCGAUCAAAGUCAAUCAUCACGAACGACCGAAUGCCUUACACGCUUCUAAAGUCAUCCAAGAGCGGUAGCGGUGACCGAAACUCGUCAACGAGAAAUAGACGGCACGCACGCGACAGCAAACACGGAGCCAAUCACGAGGCAAAUGACGACGACGCGAUAGUGAUUGGGUUUAUCGACGAAACAGUUAAACCCGAUGAUGAACCGCAGCGAAACUCGAGCAGCAGCAUCGAGGAAAAACUAAAAAAUCUCGCGAUAAACAGCAGCCCGACAAGACGGUCUCCGCUUCUAACCAAUCGAUCAUCUUCAUCGUCAUCUUGCUCGAAUAAGCUGGCAGACCGGUCGUCCUUGUUCGUACCAGCGACGAGCCCUCGGAACUUUCGCAAUCAUCACCAUACCAACGGCAUCAACAUCAUCAACAACAACAACAACAACAAUCAGCGACAGCUUCACGACCCAUCCAUAUCUUCUUCUACUUCUUCUUCUUCUUCCAGCACUAUUCAUAUAACCAUGCUACCACCACCACCGCCACCAAUCACCAACAAUACUGUCGCGGAGACGGCCCUGACAUCACCUUCACGGCCGUUUGAUCAACACAAUCCGCACACGGCCAAACCCUACAUGAGUCAUGCACUAAAAGAAUCUGGAUACGAGAGUGACUCGACUCUUAUUUUCCGACGACGAGAUGACGUCAGUCCUCUGAGCCCACUCGAGCAGAGACUCGCAUACAAAACAGUGCAGAAGGGUGGCGACGUUCCUCUACACGGGCUACGAAAACUCGCGCCCGAGCGACCCAAAGACGACACUGAGAUCCAGUACUUUCCGAUCUCAUCAACACUCACGAGAAUUCGCGUCCGCAGAAAAAAUAACCAAUCAACGACGAGCUCGAUGUCUUCAGCUUCCAUGAGCUGCGGACGUUACAAACGACCGAGUCAAUCUGCGACAGCUUCACUGACAAGAGUGAAUACGAGCACGUCGCGGUCUAACGCGAGGCCUCCGUCGCCUCCGAGGAGGCAAUCAUCGAAACACAACGCGACUCUCAAGCUUUAUAUUUCCACGACAGGGUACCCGCAGGCGCCGAACCGGCAUCAGCAGUGUUUUGCAGCGGAGAGUGUUUCGAACAUCAGAUUCCUUCGGGAAAGGCUGAGCAACAAGUUGCUUAAGCACGAACAGGGUCGAGAUAUCGCACGCAAGAGUUUUACGUCUUUUCGUACAGUUUCGAUCACUCCAACAACUGGCUCCCGUAGCAAACUUUCAACUCCUACUUGUGCCUCUAUUUCUACUUCUACUUCUACAUCUACUUCUACUUCUACUAUAAAAUCAACAACUUGUGCUAAAAGAAAAUCAGAAGCUUGUUUGACUAAACGGUCUUACGAAUCUGUCAAGUCCGUUAGUCCGGCUUCGUCUUGUUCACCCAGAGCCAUUAAUUCUCAGCGCGGGGUUGUUAACUCGAAACAAGCUGAGGAUAAGUCGUCGCUAUCAAAAGUACAAUCUAAAUCCGCGUCGGGAUCUCAAGACACGUCUAUAGCGGCCCGUCAGGGAUAUCGUUCUAAAAGUUAUCCAACAAGUUCGUCCCAAAAAAAAGAUAACACGAAAAUUCGUCGAGGGAAAAAAGAAACAGAGGAAAGUUCAAAGCGUGUUAGCACUUCAGCUGGUGGCUCUUCAUCUUUGUACUUAUCGUCCUCGUCAUCUUCUCACGCUGAAGUUGGUGGAAGACUGGUGCUUAACGGUCGCCGACAAGUUGACGUGGAAAACACAUUAACAGGAUCCGUCGUCAAGUCGAGUUCACUUGGGCUGGUCUCGCCCUCGUCGCUGGCCUCGUCCUCGUCCCUGUCACUGAGACGAGCCAAGAGCCAGGACACUGGGUUAUCAUCGUCCAAAGUAAUCUUCAAGUCUCGUGAGUUAGAAAAAACGGCGAGAUCGAGUUCUAACGUCGUUAUAAGAAGUAGAUCUCCAGCUUCUGCUUCUGGUGUUUCCACGGUCGCGUCUGUAACGUCGAGACGAGGAAAUUUUGUUGAGACUUGUAAACAAAAAUCCUCGACGAGUAAAUUGGCUAAGGGUAGUAGUGGAGUCACGACAACAGUGACACCGCAGACGAGUGUAUCUAAAAAAAGCCGUGAGAAGUUUCAGUCUGGUGUAAAAAGUCCAUUGAAAAAGUCUCAAGUUAUUGAAGAUCAAGAAAUAAAGUUUGAUAAAAAAAAGAGCGGAAUGAAAAAAGAUAAAUUACUACGUGAAGGCACUGCGAGUACCAGCAGCAGUGCUAAGAAAAAAAAUAAUGGUAAAAGUGAUUCAGAGAAGAAAAAAAUAAAAAAAACUUGUGAAAAAUUACUCGCGGUGGAUUGUUUGAAAAAAGUUGACAAGAAAGUACGAGAGGUGAACGCAACUACAGCACAACAACUGACAAUGGACCGGAUUAAAAAGCAUCAGGAGGUGACACGUACUGAUAACUUCUUUCAGAAUCUAUUUUUACGAAAUAUUUCGAGUUCACCAACAUCAUCGCAGUGCAGUACUCCGAGACGCUCGUCGGUGAUUGAACGAGCAAGAAUGUUUCAAGAAGUUGGUGGUUUCAACAAUCCAGGCGGUUUUAAGUCUGAGCCAUCCUUGAGAUCACUCAACGUCUACUUGGCAACUAAGCAGCCAGUUUCUAAUUCCCGGUUCAAGAACUGGGAACGUGAGAGUUUUUCAUCAAGAAGUUCUAGUCCAUUCGGUGUUAGCUGGCCGGGGAGAUCGGUAUUCCAAAAAAUCACAAAGUUUGAUAGCCUGCAGGGUAUAACAGCGGAAUUUGGCUCUUCGAGUUCGCUACGCGGAAGCAGAAGUCCUGAAUUGGAACGCGAGAGCAUUGUGGUGAAGGAAAGAAGUUUGAGUGAGCCGCCGCUUAAAGUGUCGAUGGUGGAUGAGAAAAUAACACGGCGAGUGAAACAUUUGCCUCCUCGUUCUCCAUCUCCGUCGCCCACUCGAUCUGCUGCUUCCCGAAGAAUCCGAUCUUUUCGACAAGACGACACGUUUCCUCAACUUAAAGCGCGAGCUCGCAGUGCCAGCGAAGUAGAAGACGAACAGCGUAGAAAAAUAACUUUUGGAUCAAACUUAUCUCUUACUAAAAGCACAAGUUCCUUAGAGUCUUAUCCCGCGAACAAAGAAGAAUAUCAGCGUUACGUUUUCGAGAUGUUGCAUUCGAAAAAAAAAUCAUCGAGAUACAGAGACUUGCACGAUUUUUAUGCCAGUCUCGAACGAAUGGGAGAACUGGAAAAAACAACGUCCGCGAGUGACUUGAGACGCAGAUUCAAGCACGAAGAUAUUAUUGAUUACGACGAGUGGAAAGAAAUUAGAUCGACGGAACGUGCCGAGCAAGAGCUUAAAAGUAUUUACGGAAAACUCAGAGCCGUACAGCGUGAAAAAGAUUUUCUCUUUAGUACUAAAGAUCUUGAUAAGUACAGAUGGCGCGGCGAUUGCAGUCUGAGAUGCAAGGAGAGAUCUGUGGAAAAUAUUCGUGAAAGUUUUCGACGACUGGCUAAAGAAGAGAGUGAGUUGGAAUCAACGAGACGUCGCGAAAUAUCUUCACGAAAAGACAUUUACAAACCUUUGUGGCGCGGUAAUUCGGUGGUGAAUGUGGCGACUACUAUGACACGACGGGCUAACAGUGAGGGCAAACAAACAAUAUCUCAAGAUGAGUGGGAGAAAUCUAGAUCUGCGGAGCCUUCUUACUUGCAGAAGAAUCUCGGCGGCAGUAAAAAGUUUUGGAGCAGUCUCUCUGUUGAGCAAGUAAACGCCUUGAAGAACCAGCUUAAUGAAAUCUACGGCAGCGAAGAUAAACCGAAAAUGUACACAAAGUCUUUUGAUGUUGAAGAAAAAAUUUGCUUUACUGAGAAUAUUAAACAGACUAAUAAGCCCGGCACUUGUGCAACGAUUCCCACCGAAAUUAAAACCAGUGCUGCGGAAUUCGAAGUUGUAGUCCCGUCUCAUGAAUUCGGCGAUGGACUGGAAGAAGUUACGGGGCUGAGUGUCCGUUGCCAUUCGAUGCUCGUUCCAGCCACCAAGUCCUCGGGGAAAUUAUCGUCUUCACUAAAGAGAAGUGACUCGAUCAGCAAUGGCCGUAAUCUACAGCACCGACACACCAGCAGAGCCACCUCAUUAUCAGAAGGGGAGAAAAAACGGCUCUCUCUCACACUAGGAAAAGAAAUACUCGAUAAAGUAUCCCAACGCAAAAACUCAAAGUCCCCUGUAACACCUCGCGAGACUCUCGGCGCCAUUGCAGCAGCUUCCGCCAAAUCAACAGCUAAAAAUAUAAGUCAAUCAACUCCUACAAUUAAUACAUCACCCAGAACUUGUUACUCCCUCGAGACCUCUGUAGACGACGAUACAUCAAAGUCACGUGAUAAGAGUGAUUUUCUUUUGGUAUUGACGCCGAAUGGCGAUAGCCCGGCGACGCGCCGUAGAGUGGAAAAUGUUUUGGACGAAUGGUCGAAAAAACCGCCACUUUUGGCAGUCGCUGUAUCAGCAAAUGAACAGAUCAGAAAUGCAUCCAGUAGUGAGAUGGACAGCACUACUGAAAGCUCGGAAAAUUCAGUGAAAACGGUGGUGCAGUGCGAGGAAAGUAAAACAGAUGUAGUACCCAAGAAAGUUGAGUUUUUUGAGAGCAUCGAACGUGAAAAAAAAUGGGAAGAAAAGUCUCUUGCUUUGAUAGCGGAUUCAAAGAGGAAAAAAAAUAAAUUAUCUUCGUCACAGAGUUUUGCAGAUCUGAAGGAACUAUUUGGUGAAAUGGAGUCAGCGCGUUACGGAUCCUUGGCUUGCAACUUGCGUGUGGGAGGUCAAGAUACCAAUAGGACAGCUUGUCAAAGCACGAUCUCGUCGCCAGGAGGAAGCGAACACAGCACCAGAAGAAAAGGAAGAAGUACUUCCGCCUCGCCGGAUGUUCCAACUGGACGAUUUUCCAGCGGUUCCCACUCUCGGGAAUACUUUGUGGAGCACACUCGGCCGCGCAGUGUCAGUCCAUGUCGUGUGUCGACGUCCACCUGCAGUCUCGAGUCGAUUCAGCAUCGCAGCUAUUCACCUGAUCCCGAACACUACUGGCGCGCGUAUUUGAAUCUAGUUAAGCACGGCGCUGUUAGAAAAUUGCGCGCUAAAUUUGAAAGUCUCGAGGAGCUGUCAGGUGGGCGAGAUAAAUUCACUCUCAGUCCGAAGCGUUUCCAAAGUGAUCCGGAAAUUACGCGUAAUUUAUUGAAACAAACGGAGAUUAAAAAAUCAAGUGGAUCGACGACAGUAUUAAAGACUCAAGAAGUGCCAGAUGUCGCUUGGUUAAGACGUAAGUACGAGCCAGGGGCGGGAGCGAGGGGAAAAGGUAAGAGAAGACUUACUAGAUCGCCACCAAUCCCACGUAUACCAUUGAGAUUUGAAGACCUCGCGAUGCCGCACAUAAAUGUUAUCAGCAAAACAGCAGAGCUUAAAGACAGCGCAAUGUCCCGCUCCAGUUCGUCGAAUUCCUUGGCCAUUAAAGCCGAGACCGAGGAACUCGAGGCGCGGCGACCAGUCGGACGUAUACGCGACAAGUUUGAGAAGGAGUUUAACUUGUCGGACAGCAGUAAUACUUGCAGGACCACAUCUAUUCUCGGUGAAAUGUUCACAUCAACGCCCGACGUUCAUGAACUUCGAGAUAUUGCGCCGUAUCUCGCGGGUCGUUGGGUAGCCCACAAGUAUCCCAGUCGUCGUGACAACGCCCGGUCUCUGUCACUCCCACCGGAUCUCGAGUCUCGCUCCCUCAACAAAACCAAGACCAGCAACGUCAAGUCUUCAAGUCCCGGUAAUUCUGCUCCCAGUGUAAGUGCCAGUGGUAGUAACAGCAGUGGCAGAACGACAUUGCCAAGAGCCACUGACAAGGUCAAAGGACCACGUGCUGUCUCGGUGUCUCCAGUACGUUCUCGAACGCCAACGUCAAUUCUGAAACAGCGGCAAGCGGAUCCAUUCGCUAAUCAGCCCUUUGAUCCGAGUAAACACCGACCCAAGUUUCGAUAUCAGCCACCGCCACCGACGCCGCCGCCACCCGAUCCCGCCUCACUGAGACCAGAAACUCGAGCAACUUGGUGGCCAGCUAUUCCGACCUACACCGCAAAGCCUACUGUUACCUUUGAAGGUCCGCACGCUCGUCACUAAGCUACUAUUCGUUGUCAACUAUUUACUCUUACAAUUAAUAACCAAUUGUUCUUAUUAUUAUUACUAUUAUUAUUAUAAAUUAAAUUAUUAAAUUCACUAUCAUAAUCUCAUCACAUUAUCGAUAGAUCAGGAUGACAUUUGUGGUUUUGUAAACUGUGUUGCGGAUUUAAAUCACCGUUAAAUUUUUUUUUCGCUGAUAAAUCAUUUUUGUUUUAUUUUUUU